AGCGGGUCCCUGGCGUGUGCGAAGGGGAGCACGAUUUGCCGCAGGGUUUGGUGGCACGGCGGCGCCAUGGGUUGCGAAGUAAUAAUGGACGGCCAGACAGUCGGUGUCAGAAGUCGGUGUCGUCUUGUUCGUCGGCGCUGGACGACGACGGGGGAAGAUCGUGCACAAGCGCGCAGUUCAGGGUUUGGCUCCAGUAAUAAUAACAAUCAUGACCUCUUUGGGCGCGCGUCCGCCAUCGCUUCGAGCGUCAGUCCGUCUGCACGUGUACACUUGUAUCUGUAGCGUAGAUUGUUACUAGGAGCAACGACACAAGAAAAAACGCCCCGAGACCUCUGCUCCUACACAAGAGAUUGCGAUACGCCUGUACGUUCGCUCUCACUGACCAAUACAUGCUCCCACAGCGCCUACACAAAUAGACGCACUCAUACACCCAUACGUACGCACUCCAUCUCUUUCUCCGUACCGCUACCUCUUUUCGCCUUUCCAUACCUGAACACCUGCAAGAAACAACAGGGGUAGUUACCGCUUCGCAGUGCGACCCGUGGUCUUUCUUGCGCUUCCCUUUUUUUUUCUUUUAACUGUACACAUCACAAUAAGCUACGAACUUGACACUUGGUAGCUGAGACUCCUUCAAACUUUUCCCACCUCCGCGAGAGAAAUAAAAAAAAAGGGGCCCUAGCUUUUCCCUUCGUGGUGCUGUAUAAAAUUCAAAAGGAAAAGAAAUCAUGGCCCACAGCAGGACCGCUUCGAAAACCUCCAUCCGAAGCAAGAAGGACUCAAUCAGCAUGACUUCACCACCAGGACAGCAAAUAGAGGUUGAUGUCCUCGUCAUUGGCGCCGGACCAACAGGUCUCGGUGCCGCCAAACGAUUGAAUCAGAUUAACGAGGCAUCAUGGAUGAUCGUGGACUGCAAUUCCACCCCGGGCGGUCUCGCCUCGACAGACGUCACGCCAGAAGGAUUUCUGUACGAUGUCGGCGGCCACGUCAUCUUCUCGCACUACAAGUACUUUGACGAUUGCAUCAACGAGGCAUUGCCGAAAGAGACGGACUGGUACACGCACCAGCGCAUCUCGUACGUGCGUUACAAGGGCCUCUGGGUGCCGUAUCCCUUCCAGAACAACAUCGCCAUGCUGCCGGAAGAGGACAAGGUGAGGUGCAUGGACGGCAUGAUCGAUGCUGCACUGGAGGCGCGCGUACGCAACGACAAGCCGGCCAACUUCGACGAGUGGAUCCUGCGCAACUGUGGCGAGGGCGUCGCAGACAUCUUCAUGAGACCGUACAACUACAAGGUUUGGGCUGUGCCCCCAAGCAAGAUGCAAUGCCAGUGGCUCGGCGAGCGCGUCGCCGCGCCGAACCUCAAGGCCGUCACCAAGAACAUCAUCCAGAACAAGACGGCGGGCAACUGGGGACCCAAUGCCACCUUCCGAUUCCCCGCCCACGGUGGCACGGGUAACAUCUGGAUCAGCGUCGCCAAAACGCUCCCCCAGGAGAAGACCCGCUUUGGAAAGUCCGGUGCCGUCGAGAAGGUUGACGCGGACAAGAAGACCGUGUAUCUGGCCGACGGCACCUCGAUCAAGUACAAUGCUCUCAUCACCACCAUGGCCGUCGAUUCGCUCGUCGAGAAGAUGAACGACAAGAAGCUAAUGGAUCUGGCCAAGGGUUUGUACUACAGCACCACACACGUCAUCGGUGUGGGCGUUCGCGGCCAGCGCCCGGAGCGUAUCGGCGACAAGUGCUGGCUGUACUUCCCGGAGGAUAACUGCAACUUCUACCGCGCCACCAUCUUCAGCAACUACUCACCCAACAACCAGCCGGCCGCGGACGUCCGGCUCAAGACCAUGUAUAAGGCCGACGGUAGCAAGCCCGACUCGGACGCGGCGCAGCCAGGCCCCUACUGGAGCAUCAUGCUGGAGGUGUCGGAAUCGACGAUGAAGCACGUCAACCGCGACACGCUGCUCAAGGAUUCGAUCCAGGGCCUCAUCAACACAGAGAUGCUCCGCCCAGACGACGAGAUUGUCAGCACCUACGUUCGCUCUUUUGACCACGGCUAUCCCACGCCAUCGCUGGAGCGCGAGGGCGUUCUCCGAGAGCUGCUUCCUGAGCUGCAGAAGAAGGACAUCUACUCACGUGGCCGCUUCGGCAGCUGGCGAUACGAGGUCGGCAACCAGGACCACUCGUUCAUGCUGGGCGUCGAGGCUGUCGACGCCAUCCUGCAGGGCAGCGUUGAACUCACCCUCAACUAUCCGGACUUUGUCAACACGCGUGCCAACGUCGAGAGAAGGUUGGUCGACGGCCUACAGAAGUUUCAGAAAAUGAAGAACAAGGCCAGUGCGAACGGCCAUGUGGUCUAGAGAAAGGCCACCUUCGCGGCCGAGCAAUGUGUGCUUCCACCCUACGUUCCUCCGUAGGCGGCGUCGUUGCUGGGUUAAUGUUAAAUUGGAGGCAGAUGACCGACUGCACGCUGCAAGCGAGCGCUAGAUGCAUUUUGGGGGAGGCAAGAAAAGAAAAAAAGUGCGUUUGAGUUUGCCUUGAUUCGUCGUUAAUUUUGCUCCUUCGUCCACGAUGGCAGAAAACAGUAAACAAAUACCCACGUCCCCUUUCCUUCCCCCGGCUCCCCCCAUCCCCUUCUCCCCUUCUCCCGCUUAAACGUGAUCCCCCCCCCCCACCC